AUGACCACUCCCAACUCUCCGGAGGCAGUGGCCGAUUCGGCUAACGGCUCCGCCACCGCGUAUGGCACGCGAUCGAGAGGCCGUAAUGCCCCUCGGCCAAAUUACGCCGAGGACCGUGACCUGGACGCGGAUAUUGAUCACUCUGCGCCAAACUCAAAGUCAGCCAAACGGAAUAGUGGCGUGGCACUCAACAGCAUUGUCAACGGCGCUAAUAUUGAUGAGAAGACCUCAUCGGCGCAACCACGUAAGAGCCUGACCAAUGGCCAGACCGCAAAUGGACCGGCAAAAGAUGCCAUUCCUGGCACCUCUUCAUUUUCCGCCAGACCGGAUGAUGUGAAUGGAUCUAAUUUGAGAAAACGCAAACAACCCGCCAGCACGCCAAAUUCAACCCCCAACUCGGGCGGUGCUGUGAAGAAGAUCUUCACCUCCCCUCCAUGCGAUUCGGAGGAGGGUUAUUUCACCAAUAUGAUGAGCUUCGAAAACUCCGGGCCCUAUCUGCAAGAUGGCCAAUUAAUAGCCGAUGAUGGCACCACUUUUGCUCUCAAUGACCAUGUUUAUUUAAUUUGCGAACCUCCGGGUGAGCCAUAUUAUCUAGCGCGCAUCAUGGAAUUUCUUCCAUCCAAAACCAAGCCGGGUGGCUUCAUUGAGGCGAUGAGAGUCAACUGGUACUACCGCCCACGAGAUAUCCAGCGCCAUUCUCCUGACACUCGGUUUGUUUUUGCUUCAAUGCACUCUGACACCUGCCCUCUUUCUUCACUACGGGGCAAGUGUGAAAUUCGACACGUGUCAGAGAUUGAGGACCUUAGUUGUUACAAGAAGACGAGGAACAGCUUCUGGUACGACAAAAUGUUCGACCGAUAUAUCCAUCGUCUUUACGAUGUCAUUCCGACUAAAGAUAUCAUUAAUGUUCCGGGAAACGUCAAGAAGGUUCUCGACGAACGCUGGAGAUUCAUUCUUGUCGAGAUCGGCAAGGGGAAAGAAUUGACGGGUGCCGUCAAGACUUGCAAGCGAUGCCGUUUAUACGCCGCAAACUCCGAAUCAGUGGACUGCGCAGUUUGCAAUUCAACAUAUCACAUGCAUUGUGUACGACCCGCCUUGACUAAGAAACCCGCUCGAGGCUUUGCUUGGGCUUGUGCCGCUUGCAGCCGUGCCCAAGAGCGCAAACUCGAGGCACGCAACACACCUUUAACUGGCAGCAUCCGAACAGACGGCGAGGAUGUGAUCAUGGAAGAAGAGGAGGAAGAGGAUCCUCAUAAUCAUGCGAAUGGUAUAGCAAACGGUACCUCCGCCAGCACUCCCGGAGCCGAGGAAGAUUCCAUGCCUCAGCCCGCAACCGUGGAACAGAUCGCACAGGCCAAAAUGUGGCCUUAUCGAUACCUGGGUAUUCACUGCCGCGUGGAGGAUGCUCUGGAUUACGAUGAUCGAAUUUACCCCCGAGCUAGCUCACGUAUAGGAACUCGACACCAGGCACUGGUCCCCGCUUGGCCAGGCCGUGCAGUUGAAUAUGUGAAGCCACUGGAUGCGAAGAAGAAAUCAAAGGUUCCCGGUGGCAAAAAGGACGGCAAGCUCUCUAAGGAUGCGCAGGCAGCAAUGGAAGCUGCAAAGCACGAGAGGGCAAACCGACCGAAGUGGGUUCAAGAUGAGCCAGUGGGCUACGUGCAUCGUGGUCUGGAUGAACCGGUCGCAAUCAACGGAAAGCAGGCGCGCACAGCCGAACUUCAAUUCAAAAUGCCCAGUGCUGAUCAGAUCCCCACCCGCGGCGAAGAUGAUGCACCGGGCUCUCAUUUAAGCGAUGCGGAUCGAGAAAAAUUCAUCGACGACUACAUGCGCCAAGCCAAGGAACUGGCCCCUGGUAUUGGGGUUGAGAAAUACUCCACGAAUUUCCUCGACAAAGCCCUUGCACUUCUUUACUCUGAGAGCUUUGAUGUUCAGGCCGCUCUUGCUAAGCUGAAGAAAACCAACAAGUACAAGGAUCUUAAGGAGCCACACAUUCGGCCGGAGGAGCUCAAGCUAUUCGAACAGGGUGUUGCCAAAUAUGGAUCUGAAUGGCGCAAUAUCAUGAAGCACGUCAAGACUGUCCAUAUCUAUCAGAUCGUCCGUUUCUACUACAUGUGGAAGAAAACCCCCAGCGGUCGGAAGAUUUGGGGCAGUUAUGAAGGCAGACGUGGCAAGAAGGAGGUACGCCGCCACAGCGUAAUUUCAUCCAAACUCCUCGACGACGUGGCCGAUGAUCAUGAUGAUUCGGCCUUUGACUCCGAGAAAGCCAUUGUCCAGAAGCGUGGAUUCCAUUGCAAGUUCUGCUCCACCCGCCAUUCGCGACAGUGGCGCCGUGCACCCCUAGUUCCACCAGGCACCGUUAUUCCGUCUGAGCCCUCAAACAAGAAAGACAAGGGCCCCAUGCUUACCGUUGCGCUCUGUCUGCGCUGCGCUCUGCUUUGGCGGAAGUACGGGAUUCAUUAUGAGGAUGUUGACGAGGUGGCGAAGAGGAUUGCAAGCAGCGGUAACAAGUCAUGGCGACGCCGCAUCGACGAGGAAAUGCUCGCGCAACUGAUUGUAGCUACCGAAACUCCGUUCGUGAUCACGCCUGCUACGGCAACCACGGCUACCACGAUGGGCAUUCCGCUUGAUACAAACCCUCGACUCUUGAUGGAAGGAAAGGCGGAAGCAAAGGUGGAAGGAAAGGUGGAUCUGACAAAAAAGAAGACCAAGGAAACACCCACUCCUUCAACCGCGACAUCUGUUGAACCUAUGCCGAAGAAGAAGAUGGCCCCCGAGAAAGUGGUGGAAGCUCCACCGAUUGUUCCCGACCCGCCAAAGGCCAAGACUCUUCCUUGUUCCAUCUGCAGCCAAGUCGAACCUUCGGGCGAAGAGCAUCUUUCAUGUCGGGAUUGCCGUCUUACAGUCCAUCGCAAUUGCUACGGUGUGCGGGAUUCGCGCCCCGGCAACAAAUGGCUGUGUGAUAUGUGCUCCAACGACCGCACUCCCUCGAUUUCUACAAACUACACAUGUGUUCUUUGCCCAGUCUCAUGGACCGAGCACGACCUCAUGGAGACUCCAAAGAACAACUCCCGGAAGAAGACUGAGCGUGACAAGGAAAAGGAGCGUAUGGAGAAGGAGAUGGUUGCCGAGGCGAUCAAGCUUUAUCGCCAGCGACAGGAGGCCGUUGGCAAGCCUGUCGGUCCUCGGGAACCCCUGAAGCGUACUGCAGGCAACAACUGGGCCCACGUGCUCUGCACCUUGUGGACCCCGGAGUUGAAGUACGGCGAUGCAGAGGAGCUUGAGCCUGCGGAAGGAUUCGGAUCUAUUCCCAAGGAGCGGUGGCGCGAGACGUGUAAGGUCUGCAAGUCAAGUAAGGGCGCAUGUGUGCCAUGUAGCUUUGCUGGCUGCAAUGCUCACUUCCACGUGGGCUGUGCUUUCCAAGCACACUACCGGUUCGGCUUCGAUAUCACACCUGUCAAGAGCUCACGCCGCGACAGCAUGCGAGCUAUCCGCCUGGGCGAAGAUAUUGGAGCAGCAACACCUGCUGUUUACUGUCCAAAUCACAACGUGCCGACUGUUCUGCACGAAAUCGGUGAGCAGACGAACCAGGACCAUCUAAACGCUCUCCAGUUGUUUGCCCAGACCUACAAGCAGGCCGAUCUUACCCUUACUGGAACCGUUCGCAAAGCGGCGUACAUGCAUCAAUCUGUUGGAGCUCCCCCACAUCCUUCCACCAAUGUGAACCGCCGGGCUUCGACAAGUACUACGCCAGCUUCUAAGGAUACCCACAAAGUUCAGCCGGCUCUGGAGGAAGUGACUGAAGAUCCGAUGGACAUCGAUACCGACAACCAUGUUGCACCGCGACCGGCUGCUUCUGGCGUGGAGACCAAGGAAACUAACCGCAAAUGUGUUCGCUGCGCCACCGGCUUUAGUCCCAGGUGGUGGGCCAUUGGGCGACGACCUCCCAUGGCCAAUGGCUCAGGACACCCUCAUCAUCCGCCUCAAGGUGCCUUCUCCCAACACAAUGGAGAUUCUUGCGAAUUGGCAUACGAAUGUCAUAAAUGCCACUUGAAGAAUCCGGCGCCUCCUCCACCUCCGCCUGUACCAGAGCCUACGCCCGACCAGCGGCCUUCGCCUUACACUGCUCAACGUCCCAUGAUACCCACUUCACGAAUGCCCAGUCAUGCAGGUCAUCCAAGCCAUGCAGGCCAUACAUUUUUGCCGCACCCACAUCCACACCAACACCCACAUCCUCCUCCUCCCCCUGGCGGUGUGCUUGGGCGGCCGAUGCCUCCCGCUCACCCACCCAGCGGACUCCCCGGACCAGGAUACACUGGACCAUAUGAGCAACGCCACACGCCUGACAUCGGUCUUCGCAACGGGAUGUCGCCGUCUCCUUAUCCCCCAGCACAGCCACCUCCCAAUCAUAUGACCAACUAUCCGCCACCCCAUCCCGCAGGACCACCACCUCAACACUACACCAGCGCUGGGCCUUCGGGACCACCGCCGCCGUAUUCCACCCAUCAGAGCCCGUAUGGCCCUGUGCCAUCCCGCUCGCCGCAUCUUUCGCAGCCACCGCCGCGAUCAUAUGCAGCGUCCGCAUCCCCUCCAAUCGUGCAAGCGACAACGAUCAACCGAUCACCCCAGACCUCGCUGAGCGCCCUCAAUGGCGGCCCGCCUCAUCGCAUGUACUCUGUCGAUCGUGUUGUAGCAGCUCCCUCUCACUCACCACCAGUGACGCAGGCACUUAUUGACCCGCGGGGGCCCACCGCCACCCCUCCCACUCGACCGGAAGGUACACCACCUUCCCUGAUGGGCGGGCCACCAAGCAAUCGACACGCCGGGGUCAAUGGCACAGCGGCCGGGACCGGAGCGAGCGCAAGCCCAUCGCUAAAGAACCUUCUCUCAUAA